CUCUUCCCUUUUAAUUUGCAUUCUCACACCCUCUUCUAAUACUCUCACUAUUCUUAGCUCAUUCUUAGUGAUCAUUGCAUAUUAAUAUUAUCCUUAAUUAUACCAAAAUAAUAUUACCUUACUCUUUCUUAGGACAAUUUCCAAAAUUGUGUUCAUUUGAUACUAUCAAACAUGGGUUAUGGAAAGCCAGCAUGGUUGGAUGCACUUUACAGCCAAAAAUUCUUUGUGAAUUGCUCAGUUCAUGAGACAGCAAAGAAGAAUGAGAAGAACGUACUUUGCUUAGAUUGUUGCAUAAGUCUUUGUCCUCAUUGCUUGUCCAUGCACCGAUUUCAUCGCCUUAUUCAAAUUCGUCGAUAUGUCUACCAUGAUGUUAUUAGGUUGGAAGAUCUUGAGAAGGUUAUAGAUUGUUCUAAUGUUCAGGCUUAUACUAUUAAUAGCGCCAAGGUGAUUUUUAUCAAGAAACGACCUCAAAACAGGCAGUUUAAAGGAGCCGGAAAUUAUUGCACUUCAUGCGAUAGAAGUCUCCAAGAACCAUACAUUCAUUGCUCUUUAGGGUGCAAGGUGGACUUUGUGUUAACUCACAAUAGAGACCUUACACCCUAUCUAAGGAUAUGCAAAGUGUUACAAUUGAGUCCGGAUUUCUUAUACCCUCAAGAUAUGGGAGAUGAUGACAUGACCAAUGAAACUCCUAACUCCACCAUCGUGGAUUGUGACGAGCCGAUGAGUUCGUACUCCGCCUCAUCGGAUUCCGAUAACAUGAGCGUGGCUCGCACAGCACCGGCGGAGAUCGUGUGCAAGAAGAGAAACGGAUUGUACGUGUGUGGAAGAUCAAUCAAUAAGGUUUCCGAUGAAGACAUGGCUACUAGCAUGAGUAGAAGAAAAGGCAUUCCCCAUAGGUCUCCAUUAUGUUAAAUACUAAUUUUUUUUAGAAAAAAAAAAACCUUUUUAGAAAUUCCCCAAAUAAUCCCUUCAACUUAAUAUUUAUAAGUUAUUUAUUUCCAAUCCUUUUUAGAUUUAAUAUUGAAAAUUAAUUAGAUAUUGGACUAACUAGUUUAAAUUUGUUUAGUUAGUCACAAAGCUAAAAAUAAACCCUCCCCAGCCUCUUUUCUUGGUAGUCUUGGUAAUAAUUUUAUUCUUAUUAUUUUUACUAUUAUUUUAAAGUUCUACCUCGUUUUAAGUUAACUAAUCACUUGGUCGGGUGUUUUGUCUUAAUGGCAUCACAUGGUUCCCAAUUCCAAGUAAAUGGCUUUGUACAAUUUUCAAUGGCCCAACCCGGGCCCAAGUCAUGGCCCUCUUUUUAUCCAUAUAUAUAUAAAUAUACCAAAUUAUAUAUUGUUAUUUAUUGAUAAUAAUUAAUUUAGUUUAUGCAAUGGAAGGUCUUUU